AACAUAUAUAUACAGUAGUCAUGAUAUAAUAAAACACACAACAUAUAGAUGAUAUUCAAGCAAUUAAUUAAAUUCUUCUUUCUUUUGAAAAAUUCUAGGUUAAUUAUUUUAUAAUAGUUUUUUAUUUAGAGUCAUGAUCAAUGGGACCUAACCUCAUGUGAUGUCAUUUAAGAUCAGUGUCGGUUUGAUUAACUUAACCAAAAACCACUUUCUCUCCAAAACAUGUGUAUAUAUACACUGUCAUUUGUGCUUCAUUUUCAUUCAAGAAAUCAAAGCCCAUUUUGAUGAUAUAUGGUUCAACUCUAAAUACUUUUAUUUGAGUUGAGAGAGGCCCCCAAAGAAAUGAGGGUUGAUUCCCUUUGUCAGAGCUUCUUGCUCUUGUCUUUAUUGUUUGGUGCAGUGAGUUUGUGCAGUGCAGAUGACAAGACUUUUGAGGUUGUCGGAAGCACUCAGUGUGCUGAUUGCAACUUCAAGACUUCCAACGCCUUUUCAGGUCUUCGCGUGACCAUUGACUGCAAGCUCAAAAACGGCGACACGAAACGGUUCGGAGCGGGCGAGCUGGACGAGCGAGGCGAGUUCAAGGUCUCGCUCGGCCAGAAGCUCGGAGAGGAAUGCUACGCGCAGCUCCACAGCGCGGCUGCCGUGCCCUGCCCCGCCCACAACGGCCUCGAGGCCUCCAAGAUCGUGCUCAAGUCCGAAACCAACGGCAAGACGAGCUACGCCCCGGCCAAGACCCUCCAAUUCUCAUCCACAUUGUGCUCCUCCAAGACCUUCUGGCCGCCCUACUUGAAGCACCCUCCCCUCCCUCCCCACCCAUGGUUCAAAAACCUCCCCAAGCCCACCCUACCGCCCUUCGGCCACCCUUGGCCCCCUCUCCCGCCCCUCUACAAGCACAAGCCACUCCCACCACCCGUUCCCGUCUACACACCUACGCCAAAAGCACCCGUGGUCAAGCCCCCCGUAUACACGCCUACGCCAAAACCACCCGUGGUCAAGCCCCCCGUAUACACGCCUAAGCCUAAACCACCCGUGGUCAAGCCCCCGGUCUACACACCUAAGCCCCCUGUCUACACACCAAAGCCAAAACCACCCGUGGUCAAGCCCCCGGUCUACACACCUAAGCCCCCCGUGUACACACCUAAGCCAAAGCCACCCGUGGUCAAGCCCCCCGUCUACACGCCAAAGCCAAAGCCACCGGUGGUCAAGCCCCCGGUGUACACGCCUAAGCCAAAACCACCGGUGGUGAAGCCCUGCCCGCCAAUCCUGAAGAAGCCACUCCCGCCACCGGUGCCCGUGUACAAGCCCCCAUUGCCACCACCAAUCAAGAAGAAGCCCUGCCCGCCUCUCCCAUUGCCACCACCGAUCACGAAGAAGCCCUGCCCGCCUCUGCCCAAGCUCCCGCCCAAGUACUUCCACCACCCGAAAUUCGGGCACUUCCCGCCACUGCCUCCAAGCAUCCCCCUUCAUUGAUCAUUUCCAACAAACCAAAAGUGUAAUUACUACUGCAUUUUCAGCAAGAUGUUAUUAUGCCUAAGCUGUCAAAUAAAAAAAAAUGUUAGUAUUUAUUUCUCAGGUAAUCUCAAGGGAGAUAAUGUGUGUUUGAGAUGAAAGAAAAUGUGAGUGCACAGGUCAUAGGAAACACAUCAUUGAUGAGAGAUUUUAUUGGGUUUCCCUUUGUAUUUGUUUGAAUAUUUGGUUUGAUAUCAGAUGUUUGUUUAUUUUCCAAA